AUGUCAUUCUUAUGGGAUGACAAUCCACUGGCGGGGUUACCAGAAAUCACGCCGUACCCGGGCCAAUCUGAAUCGUCGUCAUCCUCGGCUCUUUCAUCUCUGCCUGCAAGUCCGAUCGUCCAGAAAACUACCACUGAUGUCGUCAACGAUAUCCUCAACGAUUACCAGCCAAUCCAUGCUAGCGACGAUACUGCCAAAGUACUAAGGGCAUUUGUCGAUAAUCUAUCGGGCCAAGGUCUAGCAACGUUACAAUCCGAGAUCUACAUCUUUGCCACGGACCCCCGUCAGCUGCGCCAACUACGCAAUUUCCUCACUGACGCGCUUCUAAAGCCUAUGGCUGCUGCUGGUGGUAAACAGCCCCCAGUUACACCUUCACCCAACAAGUCGGCAGCGUUCGAAAUCGAAUUGGCCAUGACCCAGAUUGAAGGGUCGAGCCGAACAGGGCAGAGGUCCCUUAAGAAAGAGUGCCUUAGUAGGGACGCAAAUCGAUGCGUCAUCUCGGGACUCAUUGACGAGGAAGCCUUUUCCAGCAUGUCUCCGGAAAAACGUAAAGGCACGAGCGUUACAACCGAAUGUGCACAUAUCCUCCCGUUCGCGCUUAGCAAUCUCGACGGUAGGAAUGCAACGCAAACUAAGAACCGUUCAACGGUAUGGUGGGCACUAUACCGUUACUUCCCAGCCCUAAAGAACAAGAUCGGGGCCGAUACAAUCAACCAGCCGGGCAAUGCAAUAACACUAGCCUCGGCACUUCACGAACAGUUUGGUCGGUUUGCAUUUGUAUUCAAGGCUACAAACGAGGAACAUAAAUACCAUAUGGAGAUCUUGAAUGAUUCUUCAUUCUAUGUGGUACAUAUGGUGCCCGGUUCUGUCGUCCUUCCCCAGGAAGAUGCUAAGGUCCAACGGCCUGACUCGGACAUACUUGAUGUCCAUAUGCGUAUUGGCCGUAUUCUUCAAGUAAGUGGUAUUAGUUCUGCCAUUUACCAGAGCUUCGUAAGGGGGAGAUCUUGUAUAUAUAAUAUUGCUUCGGAUGGAUCAACCGACUUAGAGCGCAUCUUGAGCGACAAGAUGCUUAUGCGCAUCUAG